GGGGCCGGGAGAAAGUUCCGGCGGAGAUACAGAUUGACUGACUGACGGACUUGGUUCGGCUUCCCGGCAGCCGCUCUGAGCCCGUACCUCGGAGCUGAGGGCGGCCUGAGGAGGAGCCGCCGCCGGCGCCGGCAUCAUGGUGUUCUACUUCACCAGCCACGCUGAUUCAUCUGUUUACACCAUUUAUAUGGGAAAGGAUAAAUAUGAAAAUGAGGAUCUAAUAAAAUAUGGCUGGCCAGAAGAUAUUUGGUUUCACGUGGACAAGCUCUCUUCAGCUCAUGUGUACCUCCGGCUACACAAGGGGGAAAGGAUAGAAGACAUUCCAAAGGAAGUGCUGAUGGAUUGUGCACACCUUGUGAAGGCCAAUAGUAUUCAAGGCUGCAAGAUGAACAAUGUUAAUGUGGUAUAUACACCGUGGUCCAACCUGAAGAAAACAGCAGACAUGGAUGUGGGACAGAUAGGAUUUCACAGGCAAAAGGAUGUGAAAAUUGUGACAGUGGAGAAGAAAGUAAAUGAGAUUCUGAACCGAUUAGAAAAGACCAAAAUAGAGCGGUUCCCAGACCUAGCGGCAGAAAAGGAAUGCAGAGACCGAGAGGAGAGGAAUGAGAAGAAAGCCCAGAUUCAAGAAAUGAAGAGGAAAGAGAAAGAAGAAAUGAAGAAGAAGAAGGAAAUGGAUGAACUUAGGAGUUAUUCUUCACUAAUGAAGUCUGAGAAUAUGUCUUCAAAUCAGGAUGGCAAUGAUUCAGAUGAAUUCAUGUGAAUGAAGAAAAUGGAUUUUGUGAAUUUUUGGACAGAUACAGACAUUUUGAUUUUCAGAUGUGUUCUGCAUACCAAAAAACCCACCUAAAACCUACAUGAAUAUCAUGAACUGGAGCUUUGGGAACUUGGUUCACUUUUUGUUUGUGAAAAAUGAUCCCAUGUGUAACAGUGGAGCUUGGAGACAGCGAGUAUGUAGCUUUAAGAAUGAGGAAACGUUUGUACCAGAAGAACAUAUCUUGGCUCCUCAUGCGAGUUGGCUCUCCUUGCUCUUGGGAUAAGUUUCCAAAAUAACUAACUUGGGGAAGUAUUUGUGUUGCCAUAUUAUUUCCCUGAAAAAACCAGAUGUCAUAGAAGACCCGCCUAUUUUGUAAAAUUCACCCACUUGUAUGUUUUGUAUAGUAGAAUGGGGCAUUUGGGGAGAAUGUUUUCUCACAUUCACCAAUUAGAAAUGGAUACAUUUGUGUUUAAAAUGACAGGAAUUUGGGCCUGUGCUUUUUUGAACUAAGGUCAUUAAGAGGAACUUGAUUACUCUUUGUAUUGCUCAGCUUAUUCAAGGGAAGAUUUAAUAUGCAUGUUCCAUUGUCAUUUCUUAUCCAGUCAGCUAGUGAUCCUGUGAUCUCUUAGUCAGACUCCGGAUUCUAGCUUUUUUAAGACAAGGGAGGCCAUCCAUUGAUCAUCAUAAUACUAUUAUAUUAAAAGGAACAGUUGGUGAUCCUUGAGAUUGGGAUUUAUGCCAGUUUGCAUCAGCAGACACUCAACUCUGGCUACACAUACAGAUUCUAGGCUUUUAUUGUUUCUUAACAUUGGAGUAUCUGAGAUCUCAGUCUUAUUUGCCCUAGUCUGGUGUAAUAAGGCAUGCCAUCCACCCAGAAAACCUUUCUUGUUGCUGGGUUUUUAAAUGCAGUGAUAAAUGUUCUCUCUGAAUGUGCUUCAAGAUCUAUUACUUUAAAAGGCCUAUAGCAACCAAAGCAUGAUGAUCAUAUUAUAGAUUCACUAAGAGCAGCUAGAUGACAUAGUCCUAGUGGGAAGGUGGUGCUGUCCAAACCUCUUUCUAGGGUUGUAAUCCUCAUUUCAAAGGGGAGCCUUGCCUUUAGGGUUUUUGCCCAGUAAAUGUAGCACAAUGCAGAUAUGAUACCAGAAAAAAAAUGGAAAAUUUAGAGUUUAAUGAUCACUGGGCCAGCUUUGUUGUCUUGAAGAAGUAGGAUUGCUCUUUAUAGUUUGUAACACCAGACUCUAGAUUUCUCCCCUUGAUCUGGAACAAAAGCCUAGGUAGUUUUUGUGUAGGUUCUUACAAUUGCAUCAUCUUAUGUCUCAAUGACUCUAGUGAUUUUAGUCCUGUAAAAGAGGAUAAAGCAACAGUGAAAGAGAAAACGAAAACUGCAAGGUAGCAGUAGCCUAAAUAAGUUUGCCUUUUAGCCUGUCCCUGCCCAGACUUUCACACUUGCUGACCUUGUGCCCCAGGCCAGGAAAAGCUUUAACCUAAAAGUACAACAACGUAAAGCAGUUCUGAGCAUUUUUAGGGGCCGUUUGGGCAGAGUGAUUUGGAAGGCCUGUUUGUGUGUAUUUCCAAGGUGAAGUGCAGAGUUGGACAGGAAAAAUUAAUGUCAUUCCAGAUUGGGCAGAACUUGGAAAUAGGAACAUCUAGAAAGUAGUGAUUUCCUAUGUAAUCUUCUCUCUCUUCUAAACACAGGGUUUUACCAUUAGAAAAGAAUAAAAUAUCAUUGUUGAAUAUGAAAGAGCAAUGAUAUUCCAAGUACUUAUGGUAUUGUUUAAAAAGUGGGGAGUCCCACUUAUCUAUCACAUAUUGACAAAUCCUUGGAUGCUUCAAGGUACUUUCCAACUAACAUACUAAAAUCCAAACAAUUCUGGUUUCCUCCACUAUUUGUCUUUGAUUGCUUUCUUAUUCCUCACACUCUUCACCCAAGGAAUUUCCCUUUUAACUGACCCCCUAGAUUUCAGAAUAUCUCCCCUUCUACUUCCAUGACCUUCCUCUGCUUUGUCUACAUCUGUACUGAAAAUGUAGUCAAGCAAUUUAAAGUGCAUAUUGAUACUUUUUACUAGCUUGAGGAGAAUAUGGAAGUUAUAUCCUUUAAUAUUCCAAAAGAUUAAUGAUUUCUGUGUAGAUAUUUCCAACAUGACUUUGGCCAAAACCUUAUCUACUGACCUUCUGGUGAUGAGCGUCUCCAAACUUAGCAAACUUCUUUCUCAAAUGAGAGAGAAAAAUAGGAUUGUAGGCCUGUAUUUAAAGCCUUUUCACAUUGGGUAAGACCUGUCAGAGCUUGUUCUUCUCCUGUAGCCUUUGAGGAGCCAAGGUGGCUUUCACACCAGAGUUUAGAUUCAAAUUAGGACUUUCAGUGGAACACCAGUACACAGAUUAGGUAAAUUGUAGUUACGUAGAUUUAUGUUGUUCAUUUUGCCAGUUUAAAACAUUCAUCUAUCUCUAAUAAAGUCCCUUUUUAUUGCUUUUCUAGACAGCUGAUCCCACCUCUAUCUUCUACCUUUAGGAUCAUUACAGUUUUUGGGGUGUGAGAAUGGUCCAGCUUAUUUCUACUCACUAGUCCAAGACUUGGAAUAUAUCAGCUCCUUUUGUUUCUAGGAAAUCCAGAUCCUUUUCUUUCAGGUUUUCAGGCCCACUCCACAGAAUCAGUUCAAAAUCGUUCUCCUUGAAGCAAUCUGAUCAUACUUUGUUAGGUGUCCUUUGGAUUCUAACCACAGAAAUUGUCUGAUUAGCUCCUGCUCUUUCUCAAGUACUCAGUACCUUGCUUUGUUCCCCUGAGCCUCCAGUCUCAAUCAGCACCUUCUGGCGUCUCCUUGAACCUUCAUAACUCCCACCAGCUUCACUAAUGUAAUUGGUUACUAAGUGGCCAAGUAUACUAGGUACAUUAGUAUCUCAAAUUUUUUUCAUCUAUUCCUGCCUCCAGUAUUCUUUGCAGUAUUAUAUUCUUCAAACUCUACAUUUACAUUAUAUUACAUCCACCCUAGCUGGUCUGGGGUCAGUUACCAUGCCUACAGGGACUUGUGUGUAUAUGUAGGGGGUGGGAGGGAAGGAAGGGGUGAUUACAGUGCCUUAGUAGAAGAUUCAUCACCCUCCAGGAACUGGCAUUCUAUCUAGUGGAAUCAGAUGAACAGUCUGAGAAUUUUCUUUGCUCUCAUCUGUGGGAGAAUCCCCUCACAAUACAUGUGAUAAAGGCAUUUGUUGAAAUUAUUCACUCUCCAUUAUGUUCUUUUAUUCCUGCAACCUCUAAUUCAGCAGGUUGUUUAAGCCCAAACACUUAUUCCCCUCUUUCAAGAAAGGUGUGAACCAUAUUUAAAACAAGUUUAGACUGAGAGGAUGACAGUUUUAGCAGCCUUGAUAACUCACCCUACUUGUACUCUCUCUAAUUCAAAGCUAAAACUAUUCCUCUAAACUUUGCAUCAGUCAGAAAGAUGAAACUUGGUUCCUACAAUAUAAUGGUUAAAUAAGGAAGGUUUCCAAGCAGGAUAGCAAGAUAAGAAAGUUUGAUGGUUUCUCAAUUCCUUCUCUGACUUUGUUAUUUUGUUGGAAGCCCAGUCUUAUGACUAUAUAAAAAACAAUUUCAAUUGUACCCCCAUAGAGGUGAUUAGGUUAUCUCAUAAGUCUGAAAAUGCCUCCACAAAAGAGAUUGGGCUAACCUGUACUCCAAGUGUAAAAUGGAAAAUUCACCAAUUUUGUACCCUCAGAUAAAAUAGCAACCUCAAGCCAACUUGACCAUUCAGCCGAGAGCCAAUGUGUUGUAAUUCUAAGUGGCUGGUGUGUAAAACUCAAAUAAAAUCUUUGGUUUCAAUAGAA